AUGGGUUGUCCUAAGCUACGAAAUCCCUUUCGCAAGAGACACUCCAAGAUACAGACUCGGGAAGAAACCAUAGGUUCCUCGAGUAAUCCAUUAGAAAUAUCGUCCAAUGCUCUUUCUGGUAUCUGUUCGACCCUAGAGCCAGUAGCUCAACCAAAAUCUCAAACAGAUGCCUUGCCAGCAGAGGAUAAUCAGGUUCCAUUAAGCUCCGAAACCGCUCUGCCACGAAGAAACGGGAAGGUUAGAAGAAGGAACCUCUGGCAAGAGGCAUACGACGCGUUGGAUGAGAAGCAACGCCAGUAUAUAAAUCCAGUGAAAGAACAUGAACAGAGCAGCGACAAUCACGAGAAUGCCGAUACAAACCCUGUAUGCAAAACAUUAGAUGAAGUUGUUCAAACCGUCAAAGCCCAGUACGAGAUUAGAAUAUCGAGAAGAGGAGACUCACAACUUCGGGAUGCUGCAAACAAGAUUCUGACUGCCACACUGAGCUGCAAGGAGAUCAUCAGUGCCAUCGUGGCAUUCGACCCCACUGGCCAUGCGUCGAGUGCCUGGACUGUCGUUUCUCUGGGAUUAACGAUGACACAGAAUUAUCGUGAUCAACAAAUGGCCUGGUUUCAGUCGUCUGCCAUCCUGACUGACAUCCUAGCUCGGUAUGCCGUUAUAGAGAAGCUUUACCGCGACGAGAGCUCUGAACUGAACGACAAGAUUGAGGAUGCCAUCUUGAGGGUCUAUAUCGCUGUUCUAAAGUAUGCAGCGGAGGGAAUGAAGAUUUAUCGCUCAAAUACAGGAAAGAGAUUGAUGCACAGUGUGGUGACCCUUGCGAACCUGCCCCUGACGGAUGUUCAGUCCUCGAUUGACAUAGAGGAAACGCACCUGGAAAAGUGGUUGCGGAUGUAUCAGCAAAUGCAGCGGAAACAAGAGGCAAACAAUAUACUUCUUGGAGUUGAUCGGCUUCUCGACGAUAUCCGAGAUGUUGCUCAGAAAAUCGAACUCGACAAGCUGCCGAUAGCUGAAGGUGCCCACUUCAAUUCGCACAUGGAUGAGGAUCAGGUUGAAUGCCUGGAGAAUACAAGAGUUGAGCUUCUUGAUGAAAUCACGGACUGGGUAGAUGAUACUCAGGGAAAGACCAUAUUUUGGUUGAGGGGUGUAGCUGGAACUGGUAAAUCAACAAUCUCCCGGACAGUGGCGCGAAAGCUGCAGGAGAGAGAGCUGUUAGGAGCAAGCUUCUUUUUCAAAAGAGGUGAGGGUGAUCGUGGGAACGCUUCACGGUUCAUCACCACUAUCGCUAAGCAAUUCAUGAUUGCUCUCCCCCAGUUGAGGAAAGAGAUUGCGACAGCCAUGAAGGACGACUUGAUAGUUUCCAAGUCACUGAAAGAACAGUUCGACCAUCUGUUGUUGAAGCCGCUUCUGGAUAUGGAAAUGAGCAAUGGGCAGCGCCUACCGGUUGUCAUUGUAGUCGAUGCCCUGGAUGAGUGUGAGGAGCGAAGUAUUGAGACGAUCAUUCAACUUCUCCCCCGGGUGCAGGAAUCGAAAACCAUAUACUUGAAAGUCUUCGUUACCAGCCGGCCCGAGCACCCGAUCCUCGAGGGCUCUGAACAAAUAGAAGGCGAACACAAAGAUGUCGCUCUACAUGAGAUCGAGCGCUGCACGAUUGAGCGCGAUAUGGCUCUGUUCUUUGAGGACAGACUAUCGAGAAUUAGAAAGAAGCGAAAGCUUGAAGAUACAUGGCCUGGGGAAAUCAAAACCCAGGCUCUAGUCGACAUGGCAAUGCCGCUUUUCAUCUUCGCUGCAACCGUAUGCCGCUUAUUAGAGGAUUACCGAUGGGAUCCAGACGACAGCUUGAACAACAUAUUGAAACGUCAAUACAACAACUCCCAGCUGGAUAAAACUUACUUGCCUGUUCUAGAGAAGCUCAUUGGCGGACAGGAUCAACAAGCUCAGAAUGAACUGGUCAAGCAAUUCCAACAGGUAGUUGGAAUUAUUGUCGUUCUCGAAAGUCCACUUUCUAUUGCUUCGCUUUCAAAGCUGAUCAACGUGAAAGAGAAUCUGAUUCGCAUUAGACUAGACUCAUUUCAUUCAGUCCUAAAUAUUCCGAGCGACAACGAUAAACCAGUCCGAAUGUUCCAUCUUUCCUUCCGAGAAUUCCUUCUUCAUCCGGCCACAAGAGAAAAUACAAUACUUUCAGUGGACGGCCAGUCAACACAUCGCGAUUUGGCCUAUAAGUGUAUUGCAGUCAUGAUGGAUCCCCAACAUGGACUUCGACAGAACAUCUGCGGCCUGCCCGGUUAUGGAACAUCAAGAGACGACAUUGGCGCCGAACGAAUUGAAAGGUGUUUUCCAGCAGAACUGCGCUACGCUACUCGAUAUUGGGUCCAUCAUCUUACCCAGGGGGCUUUGAAUAUUUCUGAUCAGGAUGGAGUGCAUGAAUUUCUCGAGACUCACUUCCUUCACUGGCUGGAAGCAAUGAGUAUCUUAGCACAUCUGUCAGAAACAAUAGGUAGUGUCAAUAUGCUACUCUCGGUUGUACAGACAUCACAUGCAUUUCGAAUAUCCAAGUUCCUUUACGAUGCAAAACGAUUUACUUUGAAGAAUAUUCCCAUCGUCAAAAAAUUUCCGCUGCAGCUGUAUUCCUCCGCAUUGCUGUUCGCGCCGGAAAAAUGUACGAUCAGAAACACAUUUUUCCACUGUGUCCCACCAUACUUCUCUCAAUUACCCAGAGUGUCUGAUUACUGGGGUGCUGAGUUACAAACGCUCGAGACUGGAUUUGAGAAGAUAAACUGCUUGGCGUUUUCUCCUGAUGGACGGACGUUCCUCACAUUUGGCGAAAGUUUGAAGCUGUGGGAAACCAGCACUGGUGAAUUACGGAAUACGUUAGUGUCUCAUGUUCCCUUUGGUGUAAAAUGCGCAUUUUCACCAGAUGGAAAGUUAGUGGCAGCCCUAACAUUCGGCAAAAUACUGCUGUGGGACUCGCUUUACGGUACUCUGAAACAUACCUUAGAAGCCUUACCUGAGUGGGGAAAUGCGAUAGCAUUUUUAUCAAAUGAGCACUUGGUCUUGGCAUCCUCUGACAAAACAUUGAGAAUAUGGAGCACAAUAUCCGGAAAGCUACAGCAAACUGCAAGUUUCGGGAAUAAUGAAGGGCCUAUGUCUGAGCAGCUAGUAACGACCACCUUCUCGCCCGACGGUAGUUUACUGGUCUACACCCUGCAAGAUGGCACAACAAAGCUCUGGGAUACAGCAAAGACCGAAGUACGACAUGUACUGAAAAGUCAUGGUGAGAAAAUUAAAUCAUUAGAAUUCUCACCAGGUGGACAUAUACUAGCCACUGGGUCACGUCAUGGCAUACUGGAGCUUUGGGAUCUAUGUGAAGGAGCCCUGCAACAUACUCUGCGCUGCCACGCCACUGAGUGUCGUAUCGAAUCUAUAGCAUUCUCUCAUGAUGGGAGAUUGCUAGCUUUGGGUUGUGAAAAAGGGCUGAACAUCUGGGACAUAGGCCAGAGCCCAAUCUUAACCACAUUUGCUAGCCGCAAUAUGAGUAUUGACCUAGUCACAUUCUCGCCAGACGACAAGCUCGUGGUUUUAGUGGGAAGAAAUAAGGUGAUGCUUUGGGAUACGGCUCGCCUUGAAGAAAUGCAUGCUCUAGAAGGGCAUACGGAUAGUGUGCGUAUCGUGCGACCUUCGCCAACUGGAUCCUUUCUGGCAAGCGGCUCCGGGGAUACAACAGUGAGACUUUGGGACAUUCCCACGGGUACAGUGCAACGCGUACUGCAGGGUCAUUCGAAUGCGAUUACGGAUGUCUCCAUCUCACCAAACGGUCACCUGUUAGCUGCGUCCUCAGAGGACGGACUCAUCAAAAUAUGGGAUGUAUCAAAUGGAGACUUGCAAUGCACCUUAUCGUCGGACAAUUCUGGGAGGGUGGCAUGUAUGUUGUUUUCGCCAGAUGGAAACUUAUUUCUGACCAUUUGGGAACACAAAACAUGCUUAUGGGAUGUGGUUACAGGACUGUGCAAGUGGAUCGUCGAACAGGAGAUAUUUGGCAUUUAUACGAUUGAUGCUGCGCUUUCCCUGGACAGUCGGCUAAUAUCCUUCGUGAAUCGGGGCAAAGUAAUACUCCGAAACACAGCGAAUGGUUCAUUGCAUGAACCCCUGACUAUCCCUUUCAGUGAUGUUAUGGAAGUAGCUUUUUCACCAUCUGGAAAUCUCCUAGCCUCUAGCCAUAGGAAUGACGGCAUCGUGAGGCUAUGGAACACUUCGACAGGUAGGGAGGAACGAGUCUUUACGGACUGCUCAACAGCUGCAUUACGAUUUUCACCUGAUGGCAAGCUGUUCUCGUCAGGAUAUGCUUGGACGGGAGUCAAAGCAUGGAAUGUUACCGACGGCACAUUACGGCAGACCUUGGGAGCCAAGAAGACGAAGAGAUAUUCGUGGCUUCUCGACGCCAACAGCGACGAAUACAUGAUCCAUCAUAGAGCUCAAGACUACUUCAUCCCAUCGGAGCAUUAUGAUUGGAUAGAUCUCGGAGAAGAUAGAAUACUAUGGCUUCCACCGGAGUAUCGAGUACAAUAUGGAAAGGCCUUGACAAGAGUUGGGAACACGGUUAUCGUGGGAUGUGAAACAGGCGAUGUGAUUUUUAUAGGUCUCCGUUCACCCUCGGAGGAUUAG